AUGGCUAUCAAGUCACGCAUCUCCUCGCCCCUCGAGGCUGGUCCCUCCAUCCUCGACGUCCAGCACCUGCCGCCCAACCUGACCGAGGCCCUCGAAUACGCCUCCCACCGCCUCACCCGCAAGGGCAUUCACACAACCCUCGUCGUCCUGCGCAGAGACUACCAGCUGCCCCUCGCCAGCGCCGACGGCCCCUCGCCCUGGUCGCCAACCCACGCCCGUACGGCGAGCGCCCCCUUGCGCAUGCCGUCCUUUGCCACGUCCCCCAUGGUCGCCUCCUUCAAGAAGCUCGUGCGCACGGGCAGCGCGAGCGCCGCCUCGGGCGCCGACAGCCCGCGCCUGCGCUGGCCCCUGACGCCCGCCACCCCCGCCACGCCGCUGACCGCCUCGUCCGCCUGUACCGACGCCGGCCACGGGCCCAUGACCGCCAACGCGUUCGGCCUGCGCCUCGUGCAGGCCGACGUGCUGACGGACCGCGAGGAGAGGGUGCUGCGGCAGACGAUUGAGCGGGCCGAGAAAAAGUUCCGCAUCGGGACGGAAUGGCUGUCCCCCGCCACGGACGCCGCGAGCAGCGGCCUCGCGGCGCCGCUGAUCCGCCGCUCCCUCGCCCAGAACGAGGUCCUCUUCGCCUCCGACGGCCUGACGCUCGUGUCGCUCGACAGGCUGUACACCUUCAAGGCGGCGCUGGCGAGCUUCGCGCGCACAGGGUCGCCGCUGCGCCUCAAGGACGCCGUCGACGAGCUGCGGCGCCUCGUGCUGGCGCGCCGCCGCCGCGUCACCCGCGGCGAGCUCGUCGGCACGUACCGCUGGCUCGGCCUCAGCGAGGGCGCCCUCGGCGAGGUUGACAGGAUGUACAGGCGGGCGUACGGUGGCGUCGGGCGCCGGGGCGGCGUCGCGGGUCUGCGCGUCGACGGGGACGAGUCGGAUGCCGAGACGAUCAUGGAGGACGAGACGGACGAGGUCGAUGAGGAAGCGCGGUCCGAGGUCGUACCGGUGCGGACAAGGGACGAGCACCAUGAGCCCGACGAGCCCGAGGUCCAGAUCUGCGUGGCCAUGGCGCCGCUGAAGAUUGGCAAGCCGCCAUCGCCCAAGGCGGCGCCGGUUCUCAAGCUCCAGACGCAGUUUGACGCCAAGGUGUUCCGGCCUGUGGCCCGCGGCAUCGCGCCGCAGCCGCAGCCUGAAGACGAGGAGCAGCUGACGGCGCGUCCAGGCCGGGACAGCCGCCAGAACCAAAUAUGGAGCCCCGUCUCCAUCGCCGAGGUGUUGGGCGACGAGGGGAGGACGGCGCAGAGGCUCGGCCCCAUGACGCCAAACGGGUACGAGGACAUCUCGCCCAUCACGCGAGGCGAAUGGGGCUUCCUCAUGGGGCCGGGCGGCGCCCAGAGCGGGAGGACGGCGGCCGUGGUGACCUGUUGA